GUGGUGGGGGGGAGUAACUGCGACAACAUGUAGCUCGCCGGCCACCUCCACACUACAGUCGUCCCUCUUAGCACAUCGGUGGGACCUUUGCACCCCUGCAAACGGACUCGCCUACCGCCGUCCUACUUCAUUACUAUUCAGUGGGUAUCAAGAGACGCCGAAGUUUGACUGGGGGAAACUCAAAUGAUAUAUAUACAGGCUAACCGGUGGGUCGACGGUGCGAAUCUCCAAUGAGACUAAACUGACUUGAAACGACACUGACAUCAUGCUUUUCGAUACGUAACCUUUAUAAAUCUUAUUUAUUUGUUUUUCGUGCUGGGACAGGGCGAAAAAACACUGGACUCUCCUUUGAAGUCGACUGUAUCUCUGCGAUCAUGGAUCACUUUCAAUGUUUGGUGGCUUUUUUGGGGCUUUUUAUGUCAACUAUGUUGCGGAGUUUAAGCGCUCAGCACCUCAACGAGUCGAAGCCCUUUCUGGACCAGAUCCUGCGCUUCUAUGGAGAAAAGUCGAACAUCACGGUGCCGGAUUUUGAAAAUCUAGUCAUGUUGAUGUCUGACAGUUCCGCCGAGGAACUAACGGAGGGAAAUCCUCUGGUCAAUGAAAGCUGUCUCUCCUUUGGGGGUAUUCUGGCCCACUACGGCCUAGGCAAGGAGAUCCAUCUGACGAGGGAACAUCUGGAGCGGAUCUGCCCCGCCGUGUUGACCCAGGUGCUGCUGCCCUCUUGCCGCUACGUGCUGCCCCCCACAGCGGUUCCCCUGCCGGUCGACUACUAUGUGUGGGGCUACGGCUUCCUGUCGGUAACCAUCAUCAACCUGGCGUCUCUGUUCGGUCUGCUGCUCAUCCCCUUCACCAAGAAGCCCUACUUCCCCAAGGUGCUCACCUACUUCAUCGGCCUGGCCAUCGGCACGCUGUACUCCAACGCCGUGCUGCAGCUCAUCCCCGAGGCUCUGGGCUUUGACCCCAAGGUGGACAACUACGUGCAGAACGCCAUCGGCAUCUUCGGCGGCUUCUACCUCCUCUUCUUCACGGAGAAGAUCCUGAAGAUGGCUCUAGGCAUGGACCACGAGCACAGCCACUUCGCGGCGGGCUCCCUGGCGGGGGACCUCUCCCUGGGGGGGCCGCUGCCCAACGGGGAGCUGGAGGAGAAGAGGGACUGCGUGAUCCAGACCAGCAUCAGCACGGUGGCCCUGGAGAAGACGGCGCAGCUCCCCGACGGCCACCUGGACACGCCCUCACACCAGGAAACGCGGGUGGCGUGCCAUUGGCUGCGGGGUCAGCGGAUCUCCAACAUCAAGACGGUGGCGUGGAUGAUCACGCUGAGCGACGCGCUGCACAACUUCAUCGACGGCCUGGCCAUCGGCGCCUCCUUCACCGUGUCCACGCUGACCGGCUUCAGCACCUCCAUCGCCAUCGUCUGUGAGGAGUUCCCCCACGAGCUCGGGGACUUUGUGAUCCUGCUGAACUCGGGGAUGUCGGUCCCUCAGGCCAUCUUCUUCAACCUGCUGUCCGCCAUGUCCUGCUACGUGGGGCUGGUCUUCGGCAUCCUGGUGGGCAGCAGCUUCGCCCCCAACGCCAUCUUCGCCAUCGCCGGCGGCAUGUUCCUGUACAUCGCCCUGGCUGACAUGUUCCCGGAGAUGAACAGCAUCAUGGUGGCCCAAGAAAAGACCUCGACAAAGAUGGUCUUCUUCUUCAUCCAGAACCUAGGGCUGCUCAGUGGAUUCACAAUAAUACUGCUCAUUACUAUGUUCGCUGGAGAAAUCAACCUGGGCUAGGCCAACCCGGCAACCCAAACUGGAACAUUUGAACAGAAGGAUUGUAAUAAGUUUCCUUUCUGUGCACAGUGAAACUGGGCAGGAGGGGGAAUGUAAAGAUCUUGUUUUGUACAAACAGAACGCAAUGUUAAAAUAAGAGAUUUUACUUCUAACAUUUUACUAUCUUUGUAGCUGAAAUCUUCCUCCACAAAAAAGGGAAUGUAUUUGUAAUCAUGUUGUGUCCGGAAUCAGGACAUUUUGCUUGAGCAAACAAUAAAUUAUUUUUACAGUC